CCCUCGCCUUGCCCAUUUUAGUCAAUGCCUGUCAGUUCACUGGAAUGCGCGACUCACAUUGUGCAGUCCCCCAGCUCGCGAGGACAUACAUUUAUAGCUCCUCAUUACGUGUCCAUUGUUUUCAAUUCAUUAUCCUCUCCAGCGACGCCUUUGAUCGAUUGUUGUCAGAUUGGUGAGGAUCAGGAUGUCUUCCUCUCCGGAGAUGACCAGUAGCCUGUUCUACACCACCCUGGCCCCCCUGCGGUCGGCAGUCCCUGGGUCUGUACCCGGGGCUGGAGGUGGAGGUCUGGUGAUGACCACCAUGGAGCCCAACAUAACCUCCUGUGAGGAGUGGGAGGAGGCCCACCACCUGCUCUUCCACCUGGGGAACCUGUCUCUCCUCCUGGGCCUGGUCAUCCCCACCACCCUGACCCUGCACAUGAUCCUGCUGCGCCUCAUGCUGAUGACAGGAAGCUGUCUGUUCAUCACCUGGGCAACGCUGUACCGGUGUAACCUAGAUGUCAUGGUGUGGAACGUGGUCUUCCUGCUGGUCAACUUCAUGCACUUCUUCUACCUGGUCUACAAACGCAGACCUAUUAAGAUUGACAGGGAGCUGAAGUCAGUGUACAAGCGGAUGUUUGAGCCCCUUCACGUGCGCGAGGCCCUGUUCCAGAGACUGACGGGCCAAUUCUGCACCAUCCAGAGCCUGAAGAAGGGACAGGUGUAUGCUGCCGAGGACAAGACCUCCGUGGAUGAGCGCCUCAGUAUCCUCCUUAAAGGAAAAAUGAAGGUGUCAUAUCGAGGUCAUUUCCUCCAUAACAUCUACACGAACGCCUUCAUUGACUCCCCUGAGUUCAGAUCAACCCAGAUGAACAGAGGAGAAAAAUUCCAGGUGACCAUCAUGGCGGAGGAGAAUUGUAAAUUCCUGUGUUGGUCCAGAGAGAGGCUCACCUACUUCCUGGAGUCGGACUCCUUCCUGAACGAGGUGUUCAGGUACCUCAUUGGCAAAGACAUCACCAACAAGCUGUACUCGCUCAACGACCCCACUCUCAGUGACAAGGCAGCGAAGAAGAUGGAGCGUCAGCCCAGCCUGUGUUCCCAGGUCUCUAUGAUGCAGAUGAGGAACAGCAUGGGCAGCACCAGUGACACCGAUGACAUCCUGAACCAGAUCCACCGUGGAGGCUCCAGUGGCUCUUCACAUCCUGUGAAUCAACCCACUCUCUCAGAUCACACCUUGCCCUGAAGGGGGUAAAAAUCUCCUGCCUCCAAGACAUCCAAAACGAUGAAGCCCAUUGAAGAAAAAAUAGAAGACGACGUCUUUAUAGAGUCUGAGCCAGACUCUCCUGUUAAGAAACGCCACACCCCCACGACAGCCAUAGAGGAGGUGUAAGGAGAUGUGAUAUUAUCCUGCAACAACACCACUGAUCACCCACCUAUCCUGUAAUCUGAUACAGACCCUGGUUAGUUAUGGUAGAAUAACUUACAACAAUAGCUUGAAAAAGGCUUUUACAUGAUCAAAAUAUCUAUCUACAUAUAGCUGGAAAACAGAACUGUAGAUUUUGGCAUCUCACGUUGUCUUGUAGUGUUUGGUAUUAUUGUGAGUUUGUAGCUGUUGUACUUUUUAAAUCCUGUUUGAUUGGAUGUUGUACAAUGCCUUUGCUUAGCUCUUAUUCUCAGUGAGUGUUCCAAAAGUAUUACGUGUCACAACCACAACAUUUUAGUGUAAGCACAACCUCUGAGGAAGGUUUCUGUUAAACCUUUUACUCAUUGUGUGUCAUAUUGUGUGAUUAAUUAUCUUAUUUAUGCACUGAGCUUCUGCAGUGUUGUGCUUUGAUGAAUGCACAUUUAACAUGUUAAACCUCCUGGUCAAUGCUAACCAUUUGAGGCUGUUGUGCUGUUUUUUUCCAGUGUACAAGUUUGGGAUCACUUUUUUUAUGCCAUGAUAGUUACCUUAUAUUAAUUACUCAGAGGGAACACUUGAAAAAGAAAUCAACAGAAAUGAUGGAUAGCUCGUAGACCUCUGCUUUUUAUCCUAUAGCGCCCUCUAGGAGCUAUCAUGAGUACUACCGGUUUAUUUUCUUAGUCUGAACUACUGUCACUGUUUAAACCAGGUCAAUGUUCAAACACAUUCCAUGGAGGGCAUGUUUUGUUUUUUCUUCCAAUUAAGACCCAGACAACCAAGUGAGGGGAGUUCUUUACUAAUUAGUGACCUUAAUUCAUCAAUCAAGUACGAGGAGCCAAACAGAAACUCGGCCCUCUGUGGAAUGAGUCACAUCCCUGAAAGAUCAACCAGACCAAAAGAAGAGGUUAGCAACAGGCUUUAUUAUUUCAGUCAAAUAAACCUUUUGAAUAUCUCCGACAAACCAUGAUUGAUGUAACAAAAAAAAUGGCUUUGAAUACAAUGAAUGAAUUGAAUAUAAUUCAUUCAUUCAGGCCAACAGGAAAACAAUAAAACAGAUAUCAGUGCUCUUUUGA